AAAUAAAAUGAAAAAGAUGAUUGAGUGUUACUGCUGCUGAGGCUGAGAGAUGUGUCGGUAGUCGGUUCGGCUUCUCCCUCUCUCUCUUGUCCGCUGUCCUCCUCAAGUCCUCCCUCAACUCAACUCAACUCAGCUCUGUCAUUCCGCGUCAAAAGAAAAUACAAUAUUGUUAUUUUAUUUUUAUUAUUCAUAGUUGGUUUCCUGUUAAUGUUUAAAAAAUCAAAUAACAACUGUCUGCCUGAUGCUUCUUCUCCAGCAUCACAAUCACCAUCACCAAUUCACCAUCACCAUACAAGAAGAAGAAAAAGGCCAAGUAUUUGACUUUUUUGUGGACUCCAUUUUUCUUUACAAUUUAAUAUUAUUGUUAUUCUUUCUCUUGUAUUGCUGUAUGGAUCUGGUUUCGUGUCGGUUGGCUUUCUGAAAAAAUCUCUACCCCCGAAGUCCCAGCCAAGAGAUUGGAUUUGGAUUGGAUUUGAGGCAGUCGGCACUCGGCCACAGCUGCCAAGGGACGAGAGAUCUGAGAAGAAGAGGCAUAUCAAUUAUGUCUCCUUCCAAUACAAGGUCGGCCGAGAAUAAUGGAGGAGGAGGCGGCGGCGGCAAGAAUUACAUAGAGCACCAAGUCUCAAAGAUGGACACACUCGCCGGCGUUGCCAUCAAAUACGGCGUCGAGGUGUGUGACAUUAAAAGGAUGAAUGGGUUUGCUACGGAUCUUCAAAUGUUCGCUUUGAACACCUUGAAAAUACCUUUGCCCGGAAGACAUCCUCCCUCUAUUCCUUCUCCAGCCACAACCACAACCACAACCACAAGAGAAAACGACCUUGAAAAAUCCACCCCAUGUCUUGGCCAAUCUAUUAUGCUAGAACCAUUCUGCUCUUCUGUGGGUUCAAACCCUCCCAAUGAGAAGAAGGCCACUACAGCAAUGAGCACUUUACAGAAAUACUAUGGUCUAACAUCUCCAAACUUGAAGGCAAAAGCAGAAGGCACCGAGAUGGCUGUCUACAGAAGUCGAAGUUCUGAAUCCUUUGAUCAAAGUGCGGUCUCACCAUUGUCUGACCCACUAAGUCACCCUAAGAAGUCCAGACAUUCUUCCAUUGAUCUGUUGUCGGAGAAUGGUGCAAUGGCUGAUUACCUUGCAGCAGAACUUGGAGAUGGGCAGGGUGAGAAAUCUGAUGACAAAUCAGUCCGGAGGCGUCAGAAAGCUGAAGUUGAUAAUGGGGCUGUCACACCUGAAAGGUUGUUGAAGGGGGAAAACAGUGCUGGGACCAGAGCUUCAACAGGAAAUGGUUUAGCCAUGAGGCAGAAGUCAUCAAGCCGAGCAUCGCUGCCAUCUGAUUCGGAGUCAGGAUGGUUGAACUCUAUUCCGGUGGGCAUGGGGGAUUCUAUAACUGUCAUGACAGACGAAAUGGCUGUGGUUCAGAAGUCAUCAAGCACACCGAGCUUAAAAGACCAAGACAGUAAUAACACAGCAUCAAUUUGGCCAACUUCAAGGUGGAGCUUGACACAAGACAUUCAAGCUCUGUCAAGUGCAACGAUGGCCAGACCAAUCUUUGAUGGCUUACCAAAGCCAAUAACUGGCCGCUGGAAAACUGCCCUUGAUUAGAGAAAUUCAUUAGCACUGUGAUAUCAUCAAUUUGUUUCCUUACACUCGAUCCAGUUGGCUGAAAAUUUCUCAGCUACAGAUUCCACUGAAGGCAUACAUAUUCUAGAGCUGGUGCAGUAUUAUAAUUCGAGCGGGAGAAAUAUACUUGAGAAGGAGAGGAUAGAAGGAAAAUAAAUUGAAUAAGAUAUGACAUGCAGAACUAUGUUUAUAACAGCAUAUAAAGUGUGAAGCAGUAGAUGCCAUGCCGCAGCUUGAGAAAUGUAGAUGGUAUAUGGCCAAAUUAUUUAUUGUUUUGUUCUUGUUUGCUGUCAUGUGUUGGUUUGUGAUUUGUAUCGAAAAAUAGGAAUCUGGCUUCUUGUAUUGGGUCAUGUGAUAUGUUACUCGUUGUAUAAUGUUUGUGAGGCUGUGCAUUACAGCAGAAUUGUUUAUUGCUUAUUGGCAAUGUAGAUUGAAUUUGUUAGCACAA